AUGAUCAGCAAGCUACUUUUGAACCUAGUGAUGUUGCAGAGUAUUCUUGCAAGAAUCAAUGUGGAAGACAUAAAGACAGUGAGUGAGACUUUGGUCGGUGAGAAGCAGGAUGUGAUUAUUAACCCAAAGGGCCCAUUGAAUCUGCUGCGUGGAUAUAUUGGACACCAAAGCGGAUACAUGUACAACAAGCGGUUUUAUUCUUCUGAAAUAGACACAGACUAUGCGUUGACUAAGAAGGGGCUAUCAAGUAGAAAUGAACAGGAGUAUGAUUUUACAAGAACACCAGUGAAUGAUAGAGUACACAAAGACAUGGAUGCAAAAACCCCAGAAGGCAAGUAUCUUAGCACUUAUCACGCGCAGCUCAUAAAGAUGUUUCCAUCAAUAGACGGAGACCUUUCCAUUGAGGCAGGCAGGCCAAAUGCACUUACAAACUUCCUAAGAGCAGAUCACGUUAAGAAAGACACAAAGUACAUUCUUGCAGCACUUCUUCUUCUUUCAGAGGGUGUUGACGUUAAAAUAGCAGUAGAUCAUACAGAAGGAGACAAAAAAAAGCUUGUCAUAAAAAGUAAGACAUGCAAGGAGAAAGUAUUUGUGGAUGUAGAAAUGCACACAGCAGGUAUAGACCCAGUUACAAAUAAGUACAGUGAUAAAAUAAACCAAAAAGAAGCAGCUGAAAUUGUCAACUUCUACAUACGGUACAGAGACAAUCCGCUGCUAAAGAGAGGAGGUGAGUUUGCAAUGCCAGCCACAAAAGAAGAGUUUGAAAGUGGAAGAUUUUUAAACAGUGCAGCCUUCCUUAUACAAACGUAUAUGUAUGAGUUCAUUGAUACAGAAGAAGACUACAAGAACUUUGUAGAAGCAGCGCAUGAACUACUAGUUGAUCAAGUAACUGAAAAGGAGAAUUCAGAGCAGACUAAGAAGAAGGGUAAAAAGGGCAGAAUAUUUGAUGAGCUCUUCCUAGCGAAAGAUACACUUAGUGAAAACAAAAAGUACAUUGAAUCGUUCUGUGGCUUUCUAAAGGCCAAAAAUGAAAAUGCCAGAUUUCCUUUCUGCAAUGAUAGUCAGCUGCCACGGUAUACUAGAGUGCCGCGUUGUAAACUAGACAAAUCUGGAUUUGAGAAGGAUCAAGCCUUAUACUAUAGCAACUGCGUAGAAACAGCCCUUCUUGGACUGUUCUGCUGCCUGGCAUAUAAUCCAGAGACAGGAAAGUAUGAGACAGACUACAUGGGGGAGGGAAUAAGUAAAGAGCUAAAACAGUUCUUUGAAGACUAUCCUAAGCCAACAGAAACUACUGACUUUGAAAUGCACAAACAAUGGAGUAAAGUUGUUGCUUGCUUAAAGAAUGACAAGAUCGACUACAAGAAAGAGAAAAACGAACUCAUAGCUGGGAUUUCAAAUAUAUUUCUUGCUAUAGCAGAAAUAACAGGACAGAAGGAGGGAAUACUAAAAUUAGUUGACUAUAUAGAGAAUGCAUGUAAAUGCAGAAAAUUAGAUGAUGAGAAGAAAACUUAUAUUACAGAUAAGAUAGCAUCAAUUAUUAAGUCUUUGUCGCUAAAUAAGAAUGUGAAAGUGUUAUGUUACAACAUGAUACUUGGAAAAAGAUCAAGUGGCAAGUCAGAUAUUUUAGCUGAAAUUAAAAUUACUUACACUUUUAAUAGGGUAUGUAAUGGAAUUUCUUUGAAUAUAAGCCAUGGGCAUGGGCAUCUUUCUCUUCUUCCAUUUUUAGAUGCUAAUUCUGCACAAAUUAAAGAAAGGUGCGAAGAAGUAAAAAAUAUUUACAGUAGGGUAGACUGCUAUAUAGGGUAUAUUAUUGCACACUACAUUGAUGUCGAGUUAAACACUUCAGAUAAAAACUAUUCUAGUAUCUUACAAAAUAUUAGAAGAGACAUAAAUCUAAUGCUACAGGAAGGGUCUGGGAAUGUAUCUAAAAUAUUCUUAUACAGAAAGAUUUAUAAACCUGCCAUAAAGAGCUAUAUUAUGGAGUUUUUUAUGUUUGGUGCUGUGGCUAAAGGAGUCACCCCAACAAACCCUUUAACACGUCUUACUGCAAAUAUUUUAGGAAGUGUUCCGCUUAAUGAUCCUGUGACCCGGCGCAUGCUGAUUUUUUUUUCACCAAUUCUUGCAGGCUGGCGAGAAUGCUACCCAAAACUUGGGUACACGCCAUCAGACUAUCCAUCUGAACAUAUUUUUGUUUGGGGUGACGAAAAAUCAAUGUAUUUUUAUGAUACGAUAAUAGAAUCUCUAGCAUCCAUUGCAGUGAAAGCCACAUGCAACUAUCUUAGGGCAGUUUCGGGUUGCGAUGAUCAAACUUAUCAUGCGAAAUAUUUCAUAACCUCGGAUUUUCUAUUUAAGCGUAUGAUAUCUGAUGGGAGAAUAGAUAACUUAGUGAAAAUUCAGUCUGUUAUUACAGAAUAUAUGGAGGAAGCCACUUUAAACCAUACAUAUAUUUGCUGGUUAAUCCAUGCAUGCGCAAGCGAAUAUAAGCUCUCGCCAGAACUCAUUAAGGAGAUUUACAGCCUUAUAAUCUCGAAUGUUUAUUUAAAAAGCACACUUUAUAUUCGAACAGUGGUAACUAAACAAGAAUUACAAAAAUGCCUAAGUGUUUUAAAGGAAAGAAAGACUCUUUUCUGCUCAGAGGAUGACCCAAAAAGUAUGGAAAAAUAUAAUGGAAUGGCAUCAUAUUUGAGAUCAGUUGAGUUUUGUUUUAAGCUUUUUGCCAAUCCAUAG